UAUGAUCACUUUUGGGAGAAUUCUUAGUCUCCCUAAUUUGAGGAACCCUCAAUUUGAGGCUUUACAAAUGUAAAAUUUAGACUAAUUGGUUAUCCAUUUACCUAUUGGUUAUCUAUUUUCUAAUUGGAUAAUAUGGUUCUUAUCCAUAUUUGACCCACCCGUUAUUAAAAAGUUCAUUAUGCAAUCCAUUUUUUAGUGGAUAAUAUGGGUGGUUAAUUAUUUUCUUUUAACCAUUUUGCCACCCCUAGUCUAGUCUGCAUCAAUGAACUUAAAAUGUUAAUCGGCCUCUCUGUGUAAUGGAUGCUUUAGUCAUCAUUAAGUGUCAAGGGGACGAGAGUUAAUCAGUCAAGUUGUAAGCUUUAGUGCUCAUUUUCUUCAGUUUCCUAUCAGGGUUAUGAUACCGAAAUUAUAUGAACACAUUUUAAUUUGAUAUUUUCAUUUAUGGGUAAUGCUUACUAGAUUUGAUAUCCUGUGAAUUAAAGAUCAACAUAACUGACUCUUUAGUGGAACUUAAGGGAUUAUAUAUAUAUUAUUCUCUUUUAAACACGCUGUAGUAGCAAGGAUCAGAGGUCUCAAUUCGAAAAUUAAGUUCAUAUGGAUAUUGGAUCAUGUUUAUCCAUAGCUGAAACUAAAAAUUUGAUCAUUCUCCAUUUGCAGUUCUCUUUGUCGUGCUACUUCUUGUACGCCGUUCUCUGUGGUUGACCUCUGAUCAAUGGUUAAAGUUGCUUUUCUUGGAUUUGCUCUCUAUAUUAUUCGAGUCUCUCCUAAAUAUAGUACUGCAAUCCCCUAGUGCGGAUUCGCUACUCAUUCAUUCAAUUGGUCAUGGUGCAGAAUGUCUGAUGGUCUGUAGUAACUCUUCUAGCAGUUUUGAUUUAAAUAGAACAAAAUAUUAGUGAAACUGUCUCAGGAUUUUUGGUUCAAAUUUGUGCCUUGACCCUUUGAUGUGGUCUUUCGAUAGCAUAUACUUUUAGUGAAAUUAGUGGUUACCUGAUCAACUAUCAGUGAUAAUGCCAAUUAACCAUGUCUAAUCACUAGUCAAGUAAUCAACUCAAUUACAAUGAAUGUAUGGCUUAUGGUGUUCACUGAGCAUGUUUUGUGUUUUCAUCGUAAGAUACUCCGUGCACCAAACAAUGUUAUCCCUCUUUGUUUUAGGUCCUAUUUUCUUCUGAUUUGAAUUUGAAAUGUUGAUCCAUUACAGAUCAAGGAGAUUUUAUGGGAUUUCUCUUUCCCUAAUCAUCAUCAACAUGGCUGCCAUAAUGGAGCGUGCUGAUGAAAAUCUCCUUCCAGCUGUUUACAAAGAAAUCAGUGAAACUUUUAAGGCAGGGCCAUCUGAUCUUGGUUAUCUCACAUUCAUAAGGAAUUUCGUCAAGGGAAUUGCAUCACCAGUGGCAGGUAUUUUAGUCAUAAACUAUGACCGUCCCCCUGUUCUUGCAAUUGGUAUUCUUUGCUGGGCACUGGGUACUGGUGCAAUGGGUGCUAGUAAGUAUUUUUUUCAGGUUGGAUUCUGGAGGGCAGUAAAUGGCUUUGGACUGGCAAUUGUGAUACCUUCACUACAGUCCUUUAUAGCUGAUAGCUAUACGGAUGAGGCUAGAGGAACUGGAUUUGGUUUUCUUAAUCUUAUUGGAACGUUGGGUGGGAUAGGAGGUGGAGCUAUUGCUACAGUUAUGGCUGGCUAUGAAUUCUGGGGAAUUCCAGGAUGGCGCUUUGCCUUCGUCAUGAUGGCAACAUUAAGUAGUUUGAUUGCAUUUCUUGUAUUCAAAUUAGUUGUUGAUCCAAGAAGAGGAACCAGCAUAGAGCAUGUCAUCGCAAAAAAUAGUACUGACAGGAAGGACUUGAUAGAGAAGGGACAUACCAAUUCAAUGUCGAUUUGGAUGGAGUCUUGGACAGCCAUGAAAGCUGUCAUUAAAGUGCAAACGUUUCAGUGCAUUGUUCUGCAGGGUCUGGUUGGGUCCUUACCUUGGACAGCUAUGGUUUUCUUUACAUUGUGGUUUGAAUUAAUUGGUUUUGAUCACAACAGUGCAGCAGCACUAGUCGGUCUAUUUGCUGCUGGAUGUGCAUUAGGGUCCUUUUCUGGUGGUGUCAUCGGAGAUAGAAUGUCUCGCCUAUACCCUAAUUCAGGCCGUAUCAUGUGCGCGCAAUUUAGCGCUUUUAUGGGCAUCCCAUUCUCAUGGUUCCUUCUUCGAGUUGUCCCCCAGUCUGUGAGCAGCUAUUUCACAUUUGCUGUGACUCUAUUCCUGAUGGGGCUAACAAUCAGCUGGAAUGCUACUGCUACAAAUAGUCCGCUUUUUGCUGAAGUCGUGCCUUCAAAGCACAGGACCAUGAUUUAUGCAUUUGAUCGCGCGUUUGAGGUUUCAUUUUCUUCCUUUGCAGCUCCAGCUGUAGGAAUUCUUGCAGAAAAACUAUAUGGUUAUGAUUCCAAGUCUGUCGAUCCGCUGUUAGGAUCAGCAAAAGAGGCCUUAGCAUUGUCAAAAGGCCUAUUCUCAAUGAUGGCAAUGCCUUAUGGUUUAUGUAGCCUAUUUUAUACCCCUUUGUAUUGGACAUACAAGCAGGACCGUGAGAGUGCAAGAAUUGCAAGUAUAAAAGAAACAGAGAUGAUUUGACAAUCACACCUCUUCACUUCCUUGACGGUGCUGAAUCGUGUAGAUGUGUUAUUCUGGCAUCAGAUAUUCUGAGCACUCCAGUGUUAUAGCAGUUUGCUAAGCAUGACUGCGGUAUAUAUCAGAAGGUGAUCUGCUCAUGGAAGCUAGGAUUUGCAUGCAGAGACGAAUUCAGGACUUAGUCGGUGUGUUCAAAGUACGUGCAAUAUUGUAAUACGUAUACAUUUAAAAUUUUGUUUUGCAUAUGUACACAUAGUUCAAGCUGAUUGCAAUGAGUUUAAUUGAACCCAGAGAACCAAUAGAAUCAGUGUGUUCAAGUGAACACAUAGUUCAAGUUGCCAAUAUAAUUUUUGAAGAAAAUAGCACACGAUAUGUUGCAACGUGCAACAUCUUGCACGUUUGCAUGUUUUAUUACAUAUCUGUGGGCUGUGGCACUGAAACUGUAAAUAGAAAGAAAUGCUAUAUGGUGAAAUUCUGUUUCUUCUUUCAAGUUUAUUGGUAUUUUUCUUUCGCUUCC